AUGAAUCGCCAUCAUUCACCUAACCGAACAUCUUCGUCGGUAACCCCGAAGAAAGCAUCAGCCAUGCCAGAAAAAACGGAUGCCGAAGUCGUCGAGCGCGGCUCAGUCAUGAAUGGAGAUGUUACUGUGCAGACAAUGAAGCCAUUCACGACUUUGUCUGCUCUUGGCAUCGGCUAUGGCACAACUAAUACUGCCAUCGGACUCAUUUUGGUCCUUGGUAGCACCUUACCCAUGGGAGGCUCUCCCUUAUUCUUCUGGGGAUUUCUUGUAAUGGCGCUCGUCGGCUUGGCUACAGCAACGACACUUGCCGAGCUUGCCUCUGCCAUGCCACAUCCAGGUGGCCAGUAUAUCUGGGUUCAUCGACUAGCACCACCAAAGCACAGGCGAUUCCUGUCUUACAUCACAGCAGUCAUCAGCUGGUUAGCGGCCGUCGCUACUGGAUCUUCAGCAUGCCUCUCCGUUCCCGUCGGUAUCUGCGGUAUCAUAACGCUGCUGGAUCCCAGCUUCGUAUAUAAGAGGUGGAUGGGAUUCGUUGGUUUUCAACUCCUUAACAUUGUCACCGUUUUUGGGGCAAGUUUCGAGAAGGCGCUGCCAAAAAUCUCGAAGGCUAUGCUACUGUUCAGCUGUACAACCAUUGUCGUGAUUUUCAUCACCCUAUUUGCCAUGUCAAAAGAGAGCAGUUCCGCCAAGGACUUUUUCGUCACACAAAUCAACAUUUCAGGGUGGCAAAACGGAAUUGCUUUCAUCAUUGGCAUGAACGGGGCCAACUGGAGCUUUUCUUGCCUUGAUGUUGCGACCCAUUUGGCGGAAGAAAUGCCUCGUCCCAGCACUGAUAUUCCAAAGGCAUUGAUCUGGACAAUCAUAGUCGGCUUGGUAUCCGGUCUGUUGGUGGUCACAUCAGUUCUCAUAAACAUACCGGCGCUUGACGGCGCUGAUGACAACUCGGCGCUAGCUCUCUUCUACCGGAUUACAGGCAGCCAAGCAGCUGCAGUCGGCCUUUGGGUUCCAGUCAUGAUCACCACCAUCGGUGCAGUCUGGUCGAUUCAGACAUGGCAGUCUCGUUUGGCCUGGACGAUCAGUCGUGAAGCUGGCUUCCCGCUUCAUCGGCAUCUCAGCAAAAUCGCGCCCUCCCCUUUGCACACUCCCAUUUGGUCGCUUGUGUUUUCUGCCUCUGGAACCGCAGUCUUCGGAUGCCUUUACCUGGCUUCUGACCUUGCCUUCAACUCUCUCAUUUCUACUGGCUUGCUGCUUCAGUAUAUCAGCUACAGUAUUCCCGUAGUUCUCGCACUGAUGCAAGGCCGAUCUAAAUUCCAGCAUGGCCCAUUCUGGUAUCCGAAACUCGGUUUUCUGGCGAAUCUUGUUAUGCUUGCUUGGUCGGUAGUGGCACUGAUAUUCUACUGCUUUCCAUAUUACCUGCCUGCCGUUGCGGGCCAGAUGAACUAUGCAUCGGCAGUUUUAGCGGCCAUUGCUAUUUUGAUUACGACACUCUGGUUCUGUUAUGCAAAGAGAAAUUACGAAGUAAAGGAGUUUAUACAGCAUUAG